AUGGAGAUAUCAUAUGCAAACUAUCUGAUUUCACGUCUUUCGAUCUUCAAAGAUCCUUUUUCAUCUACAGAAAUCCAAACUGAAAUGCUCUGUUACCCAAUUUCAUACCUAGCAGAAGACCAACUGAAAGGGCUGGAGUGUGGGCUCCUCCAAGACAUCGAAGAUCACCAAUUGAUUUUCGAUUCUCUACAAAAAGAUCUGCCAAAAAGUGAAAAACUGAGCUACGAGCACCACUUUAUUGCGGAUGGUGCUGCUCAUCUUCUUGCGAACUCUCAUAGAGAAAACUUUGUUUUCCUGCUCGGAACUCCCAAAAUCGGGAAAAGCUCUCUGCUAACUCUCCCAGUGAGCGAGUAGCAAUUGGAAUAAUCCUACAUUUUUGGAAAUUAGUCUUCUCCUAGCGAAUAAAAGUUCUUUUAUAUAAAUUAUUUAGAUAUAUAAGUAUAUUAUGGCUAAAUCUUUAAUAUUUUUAUUAAAUAAAUAAUAAACUUAUAAAUUAAAUAUAUUUUUACUUUUAAAAUUUUGCAAGCUUAAUCCCCUGCUUAUUAACGAAAAAACAUUUUUGUUCGCUCAUGGAAGGGAUUUUUUUUAAAAAAAUUAUAUAAAUUUUAUAGUAAAUUUAUUUCGAAUUUAAACUAGUCCCAAUUCUCAAAUAUUGGUAAGUAAAUAUUUAUUUAAUUUGUAUAAUUUAUGUUUAAAAUGCAAUUUGUCCAAAAUUAAACAGAAUUAGCUUACUCCCCCCCCCCCCUCCGUGAGCGAACAAAAAAAUUUUGUUCGCUCACGGAGGGGGGUUAAUUUUUUUUUUUUAAAAAAAAUUUAUAUAUAAAUUUUAUAAAAAAUAUUUUUUUCGAAAUUUAAAAAAAUCCUAAUUUGCAAAAAUUGGGAAGAAUAUUAAUUUAAUUUGCAAAAUUUAUGUUUUAAAACGCAAUUUGUUUAAAAUUAAACAGAAUUAGCUCUAGAUUUCAUUAUACUAAUUAUCACUUAUAUAUCAAAAUUUUUUUCCAUUAAAAUUUUUUCUAUUAAAAAAAUUUUUGUUCACUCACGGAGGGUGGGUUUUUGGUCAAAAAAUGGCGAUUUUUCUAAUGGUUUUGUUCGCUCACGGAGGGGGGGGGGGGGAGUUAGGGAUUUCAUUAUACUUAUUCUCACUUAUAUAUCAAAAAUUUUAUCAUAAAAAAUUUUUUGUUCGCUUACGGAGGCCAAAAAAUAGGUAUUUUUCCAAUGAUUUUGUUCGUUCACUGAGGGGGAGUUAGAAAAAUGUUUAAAACUAACUAAUUACCUAUAUGAGCGAGCACAAAAAAAUUCGCUUGCUGAAAGAAGGUAUAAGGAAAAUUGCUUUGCUAGCAGCUCAAAAUUUGAAAAGCAACUCUAAUAGCCCAGUCCCUUUACUAGUAAACUUAAAGAAAGUCAUGGAAUAUGAAGUAUCAUCAAUGGUUCAGUUUAUGGAAGCAUGCUACAGCCAACUCGAAGAAUUCGAAGCUUUUCUCAGACAAAAAUUUUUUCAUGGAAAAAUUAUUUUACUGUUAGAUGGAUUAGACGAAGUCAAAGGGCAGAAGAAAAAAGUAUGCGAAUACGUCUUCAAGGUCAUAGAAAUGUAUUCAUCUUUAUCCCUAUGUGUGAUUACUUCGAGGUUCAAAGGAUAUAUUGAAACAAAAGGAGCAGUUGUUGCAAGAAUGGAGCUGAUUCCUCUUAAAUUGCAGAUUUCUAUGGCGCAGUAUAUGCUUUCUGAGCUGCAGUUUGAGAGGUUUGUAUCAAUUGUGACUGAAGGGUCAAAUUUUUAUAGUGAGUUUAUGAGCACACCUUUUUUCCUAUCUCUUUUCUUACUCCCACCUAUGCUAGCGAAAAUAUAUUUUGUUGCUUACGAGGGAGUUAAUUUUUUUUAAGAAUUUUAUAUGUAAAUUUAAAAUAAUUAGGAAAAAACUGGAAGCAAAAAUUAAUUUAAUUUUUAAAAUUUAUAUUUUUGAAUUAAAGUGUUUAGAUUUUUUAUAAAUUAUAUCGAGAUUCAUUAUAAUAAUUAUCACUUAUAUAUCAAAAUACUUUUUCGUAAAAUUUUUUUGUUUGCUCGUCAUGGAGAAUGGGUUUUUUGUCCAAAAAAUAGGGAGGAGAGUUAGACCUUUUUAGAUGGGGAGAAAUAGGUGCAAGUGAAAAUAUUUCGAGAGGAAUUUUAUAUAGCAUAGGUCUGAGGAAACUAUUGGGAAAAUCUGUCACUCCAGAUAUAUUUAGGUUUCUUGAGCUAUUGGCAACUGAUAUUUUGGCAAAAGAUAUAAGGGAGUUUUCGUUCCUCGACGUACAAAAAUUAGGCUUUGGUGAUUGUUGAAAUGCUAUCAAGCAGAUGCCUAUUUUUAUAAGGGUAGAAAACGAUAUUAUAGAAAAGCUUUCUACAGGGCCUUUGAGUGAUGAAGAAUAUUAUAGAGACUCAAUAGAUGCAGAGUGCGGCAUUGGAGAGGUAAAAGACACACCUCUUUUUCAAGCUCUUACCUCCCUAGGCUAAAGAGCAAAAUUAUUUCCCUAUGAUCAGUGGACAAUUUUAUUGGAAAAUAAUUUUCUGAAGUUUAAAAAAAUUAAUGAAAAAUCUAAUUAAUUUAUUUCAUUUUUUGUUUCAAUAAAUACAAACUGUUUAAAUAUAACUGGUUUGACAUCUUAUUAUUGCAUGUUAAUACUUACAUAUAAUUUAUAUUAAAAAAGUUACUGCUUAUUAGCGAUGCUUAAUUUUCUCAAAAUAAAUAGUUUUCAAGAGUGUUUGCUUGCUAAAUAAGGAAGAAGUUAAAGGAAGCACAGCCAGACUUUCAUCUAUCCAAAAAUCAAGCUUAAUCAAAGAUAGGAUUUUUUCUAUGCAAAGUUCAAAAGAAAGCUUGGAAAGAGAAUUAAAUUGUGAAGCUCUUGAGUAUUUUAGAUUUCUCAGCCUUCGAUUUGCUGAAAUUCUCUCUGCUCAUAAUUUGAUUAACCAGAUUGAAGAUCUUAUUUCUCAGCUUGCUGGAGCUUUUUUAAUGGAAAGUUCAGCUUUUCAAAAAGCAUUCAAUCAAUGUCUUCCUAAAAACUAUUUAUUUUCAAGAAAAUACCGAGAAGUAGUCACCUUAUUUGCUUCACUCUGUAAUGAAAAUAUUUUUGAAAACUUCAUUAAAUAUUUACUAGCUGAAAACACUCUUGAAUUUUGCCAUAUAGCAGAGCGCCUUUUAAAAGAAAGGAACCAAACCCACAAAUUCAAGCAUUUAAUAAACAAGCUGAAACAGUCAAAAUGCGAGCUAACAAAAAAACAGUUCGUUAGGAACUUUUCUCAUCCGUCGUCAGUUGUGAGAAGAAUUUGUAGGUCAGAAGCAAUUGAUAACGGGAUUUUUGAAAUGGAAAUGCAGACUUUAAUCAGUCGAAAUUUCGAAGCUUCAUUAAGGCUUUCACAUUGGCUAGCACUUAAACAAAUUUCUGCUGUAUGUAAUGAUUCAAGCGUAAGGGUCACAAGAAUUUUAUUAAAUAGAGUUGUAGAUAUUGCUGCUGAUAUGAUCCAGCAGGCAAACAAGUCGCAAUCUUAUAAAUCAAUAGUUCUCAAAGUGCAUCUUACACUUCUCUUACUCUCCCUCUGUGAGCGAAAAAAAAAAAUUUAUUCGCUAACAAGGGGAGUAAUUUUUUUUAAAAAAUUAUAUAGAUUAGGCAUGACAUUAGGUCAUCCUGAGCUAUAUAUUAUAGUAAAUGUUUUGUUUUUAAUUUGUAAAGUUUAUGUUUUAAAAUGCAAGCUGCUCGAAAUUAAUUAUACUAAUUAUCACUUAUAUAUCAAAAUUUCUUUCAUAAAGCACUUUUCGCUCGCUCACGGUAGUGGAUUUUUGACCAAUAAAUAGGGAUUUUUCUAAUAGUUUUGCUCUAUUACGGAGAGAGUGGGCGAGUUAGCAAGUUUUGAAAAAGUUGAUAAAAGUCCUUCAGGCAAAAACUCUUCAAGCUCUUGUACAACUCCUCCUUCUAAUGUCAGCAUUGCUCCCAGCGCACAAGAGCUAUUUGAUAAAAACACAGAAGAGUCAACAAUAAGGAUAAGCUUUGACAGGAUGAAAAUUCCAAGAAGAGACUCAGUCAAUCUGGAUAGGAUGGGGUCAACCAAUAAAGUGAUAUCAACUUUGCUCGAAGCACUGAGAGUUUGUGAAUCAAUUGAUGUCAAUUUAACAGUAAGAUCUUUAAUUUUACUCGGCUGCUCUAUGAGUCAUAUGCACUCAGCUCUUGCAGGUAGAUUUUUCAAUCUUGGAGACAGAUGCAGCAAACUUGACAUUUUGCAAGUACUUACUCCCCCCUCCGUGGGCCAAUAAACCAUUGGAAAAUCCCUAUUUUUUGCCAAAAAACCCGCGAACAUAAAUUUUUUAUGAAAAAAAAAUUGAUAAAUAAGUGAUAAUUAAUAUAAUGAAAUCUCUAGUUAAUUCUGCUUAGUUUUAAACAGCUUGCAUUUUAGAACAUAAAUUUUACAAAUUAAAUAAUUUUUUCCUUUCCUAUUUUUGCGAAUUGGGAUUUUUUUUUGUAAAUUUGAAAAAAAAAUUACUAUUUAAAAAAAAAAUCGCUCACGGAGGGGAGAGUUAGAGAUUUAGGGUUCGUAACCCAGCAUACAGUGGAUAUUCCAUUGCUUUGUAUUGACUAUUCAAAAGAAACCAAGGAAAAAGCCAAAGAGAUUUUACGACUUCUAAAUGCAGGGAAACUAAAAAAAUAUGCUAUGAAUGUGCUGAUGAAAGAUGAGUCACAGCCUGUUAAAUCAAUACUUGCAUUACGAGCUCUAGGAUUCGCUAGUUCUUUUGAGCUUGACGAAGAAGUUGUUCACUUUCUUGUUCAAUUUAUUGACCACUAUGAUCUGCUCUUCCGACUUGAAGCCUUAAAAAGUCUUUAUAAUUUAAUUUCAGCAACUCAAGGCAUCAAUACUCAAGACACGCAAAUCCGCAAAAUACUAGCUGCAGCUCCUCAUGUUAUUAGAGACCGGCUAAAGCUACCAAAAUACUCAAGCACAAUGAGGAUAGCAAGCUUGAAAUGCUUGAUAGCUUUAUGAAUUUUGCUUGAUAAAGGUAGAGAUUAGAUUAAGAUUAAUUCUAGAGGGUCAAUGGGGUUUAUUUCAGCCCCAAGAGCUAGCUUAUCUCAGGUGGCGCCAGACUCUAACUCAAAUAAAGCAUUAUUUCUGUUGAAGUCACCGAAAAAUUAUGACGUCAGACAGUCUGUAGGGGAGACUCACCCGGUCUUGGCCCUUGACUAACGAUUAAGGACUGCCUACCACUUCCAGGGCUUGACGUAUUGUCGAAUCGCCCAAAAUCUCCUUCUUGGCCUGCCUUAGCCCUAUUGCAGACUAAAGAUAGCCUCCCAAGAAGUACAGAAGGAUGCUAUGCCUUUGCCUCUCGUCUGUGGGUUGAGGAAAAAAGGUUUAACAACAAAAAAUCCGCCCGAGAGCUAUCACCGAUAGGAUCCAUCUUCCAUGGGCAUUAACAUUAACAUUAACCUUAUUAUUAAGAGGCUCGUCGUAAUAGUUAGGGUCACCCCCGGUCUACCUUCACCCUUCGCGCUUCGCCGGUUGCUCACCACCAAUCGAUCACAACUUCAAUAUGUUGCUUCUACUGGACGAGGAUGUGCACUCGCUACCCGUAGUUGGAUGAGUUACGCCAUCCAGCAACAGAGGUUGCCCAUUCCGAAAAUUUGAAAAUCAAAUUUUCUGGUAGGACUGUCGGCCAAAAUGGAAAUCCAAGCCUGGGACGUAACGCCCAGUUUCACACUAGGGAGUUGCCCAAUUGAUCAGGUGGUACCUUCCUGAUGCUGCUGAGCUUCCCCUUUCUAACCUUGGAAACCAUUUCCCCAGAGGCAAAAACCCUGGUGUCAGAAUGAGCUGCAGUCGGCCUAGUCCGACGUUGCGCUCUCUGUGCCAAGGAAAAACCUAGCCGGAUACACAUUCCGAGCGCUAAUUUCCCUUCCAGAAGGUCCCCCGCGAACGCAGGCUACAGGUGUUGAGAAAAAGGGCUGGAUCCCCGUCGCCAUUUUAAUGUAUAUAUCCCAUCUUCCAUGGGCAUGGAUCAACUUACAGGACACCGAGGACCUAGCUCUGCUACCCCUUUUAAUAAUUCAAAGGUAGAGAAGACAAUCAUAUCUGCGAAAUGAACCAUAUUUUAGUCAAAGAACAGUUAGGGACAAGUUUUCUCGUAGGGAGCUUAGAAAGCAUAAUGCCUAUUCUUUACGAGUUUUUAAGCAGCGACAUUCAAGAAGAAAUUGAUGCCGGAUGACAAUGUCUCAUUGAGAUUGACCCUUUUUCAAACAACUCAAAUUUCCCUGAGGUGAUUAAAUUUGUGAAAAAUGUUUUACUGGACAGCAGGAUCAAAACAAGAAAAUAUGCUUUGAAAUUGUUGGUAAAAACCAUACCUUCCCUCGAGUUAAAAGACGAAACUAUGAAAAUUUUAAUCGACCUUAUCCCUAUUUUCACUUCAAAAGAAAUUGAGCUGGUAGCCAAAAUAAUUUUUAACUGAAGCGAAAUAUCAUCACUGAAGUCAAUUUUUCCACCCCUUAGCUCAGCUAUUUUGCCUGAGUUUGCAACCUUUAACUUAAAAUAUUAUAAGGAUGGGAUUUCAUACCCCUUGCUUCGCUCUACCCUCUUUGCUUGUGUGGCUUGAAGGUAUGCUUUGCUCCCUCUGGAUGAGGGCUUGCACUCGCAACCCAGAAGUAAAGACGCUGGGUCAUCGUACUGUAAGUCAUCAGGGUUAACCUUUCCGAGAAUUCAAAAAAAAAUUAUGGUCAGGGUAUCACCCGAAUGGAGCUCCUUGUAUUGUGCUAGGAAAUUGCCGGAUUGCCCAAGAGAAUGCUCUCUACCUUGCUGGCUAUCCCUUUCUAAAUUUUAAGUUCCAUAAUCCUUCAAGGCUAAACUUAGCUUGGAUGAAAGCCUGAGGUUGAUCAAUCCGACACUUCACUCCUUCAGACCAAAUAAAACCAUCCGGCACUCUCACCGCACGACACUCUCCCUUCCAGAAGAUCCCCAAACUCUUGUCUGACUACAGAUGCUAAGAGAACAGGUCAGCUCGCCACUCCCUUUUUUUAUGUGUGAGUUUGCAACUCACUUUUCAAAUAUUUUCCACUUAAUUGAUACUCUCGGCAAAGUUAUCGAUCAGGAAUAUGGGUACAUUUCCGAAAUUCCUCAGACAGGAUCCUCAUCAGAAUUUAAACAGCUAAAUCAUCAGAAUAAAUCAAUAAUGAACCACAUCACAGAAAACCUUCAAAGCACACUAAAAUCUUCAAUUCCUAAAAGAAACGAAUUCCUUGAUAUAAGUGGAGAGCCAUCAUUUUUCAAGGACGAUUCUCUGCAAGACAUGUCAAUCAUAGAAAUUGACGACUCCGAAAACAAGACUUCUCUUGACAGUGGAUCAGGUGAUUCUGAUGAAAAAUUACCUUCCGUUGUUUUAUGUUACACUAUUCUCAAGUCUGGGAUUAAAAGUGAAGCAAUUAACCAUAUAGUUUUGAAAUAUCUGAAAAAGUACGAUAAUAUCGAUGAAUUCUGUGUAGCUGCAGAAGCAUGAGCAAUAAUAAAUGGCAGCAAAGAGUUCUAUCAGCCUCAGGUAGAAGUUGCUUUAAAUAAUCUUAUUGACGAUUAUCCUGAAAAAAUUGCAAAAGCUGUGAUUGACUUGAAAUUUAAAUCUGACAGUAUUUGCAAUAAGCUGAUCGUAAAUUUGAGCUCUGGGACUCUUAAGCUUGAUUAUACAUAUAAAGCUAUUCUUAUUAGUAUGCAGCUGAAUUCUUCUGCGCCGUUGGAAGAGUUAUGCAGACUUGCAAUAAACUAUACUAAUAAUGAUCCACAGCUGCUUUUGUUUAUUCAUAACCAAGUAAGUAACACAAUUGAGCAAUUCACAAUUAAUUGCGAUUCUCAGCUGAAGUCUCUAAUUAUUUGUUUGAGCAAUAACCAUUGUGGACUUUUAGUACAGCCAAUUUGGCAGUAUUGGACAAAUCGGCUGAGUGAAAAUCCUGGGUAUGUUCUCCCUGAAGAUAUUCAAAUUGUGCUUGAAAAUUCUGAAGAUAUGGACUCAAAGUUCUUAUUGAGAUGGGCCAGGACUUUAGGAAUUUUAAAAGUUGAAUUUGUGGGAAAUGAAUCGAUCAUAAGCAUGCCAACAAGAAAAAUGUGAAAUAUAUAA